AUGGAGUCUGCAAAUCUCCAUCACCAACAUCCGCUUCAAGACCAGCUUGUUGGGUCUUCUUCUUUAGCUACUACUGCCCCGUCUAGCUAUGCAGAGGCCGGAAGCACCCAUGCUUGGACCCAAACCGUCACUUUGAAUCCUGGCAACUUAAGUCCAAACUAUAAUGGAGUUAUCUUCAAUUCAAGAGAGAAAAAUGAGAGUCCAAUCUCUUCUCUCAACAGCACCAUGAUUCAGGACCUAGGCUUUCAUUACUGGAAUAACAAUGCUGGCAACUUCAGUAGCCAUUCAGCCUAUGAUUACCUACAACUUUCAAAAAUCAAAGAAGAGCUCUCAUCAUCAGAUUCCUUUCCCAAAUUCACUGAGAUGUUAAAUAGCCCUUCAAGCACCAUAGAAGAUCCACAUCUAUCCUCCUCAAGUUACAUUAAAGACGAGCAUAAGGAUCUCAGUCUUAGUGAAAAGCUCCUUCUCAAGACUAUUUCAUCCGGUUUUCCAAUCAAUGCCCAUGAUCAGUUUUCACCCGGAGAGAUUUCCUCUACUCAUCACAACUGUUCCAGCUUUGGAAGUGUUAUGCCCAGCAGAGGGAACUUUAGUCAGAUAUAUCCUAGUGUAAAUAUUUCAAACUUGAAUCAGCCAUCUUCACCCUUGAUGUCAGGUUCCUUUGACAUGAACUUGCAGGCCUUGGAUCUCUUAACCCCCACUAGAUUUAGUGGAAGUUUUGCCCAACCUUCUCUUGAUCCUCUUGACAUGUUCAAAGACAGUCUUUCUUUUGGUCUCGAUCGUAUGCAGCAAUCAAAUCAGAGGCCAUCAUGUAGCCCUAGUAAAAUAUCCUCCUCCACCAGUGAAAUAACAGAGGCUAAAAGGCCCAACAACAGCUUGAUGGAACCAAAGGCAACACAAGCUGCACCAAAGAAAUCGCGAUUGGACUCACGCGCUUCCUGCCCUCCUUUUAAGGUUAGAAAAGAGAAAUUAGGAGAUAGAAUUGCAACUUUGCAGCAGUUAGUUGCACCCUUUGGAAAGACAGACACAGCAUCUGUGCUAAUGGAGGCUAUUGGAUACAUCAAAUUCCUUCAAAACCAGGUCGAGACGUUGAGUGUUCCAUAUAUGAAGUCAUCCCGCAACAAGACCAGUAGAAGCAUUCAAACGGCUUCGAUUUCGGGGCAUGAAGAACCAAAGAGAGACCUAAGAAGCCGAGGGCUCUGCCUGGUGCCCCUUUCUUGCAUGUCUUACGUAACGAGUGAUGGUGGGGGUGGAGGCAUCUGGCCACCACCUAAUUUUGGUGGAGGGACAUAA